CCCGCCCAACAUGGCCGCCAUCCCCACGUCGCUCUUCCGAUGGGUUGUCCCCGCCGCCAUUGGCGCCAGUGUGGUGCAGUCGUCCAUUUACGACGUCAAGGGCGGAACCCGCGCCAUCAUCUUCGACCGUCUCUCUGGAGUCAAGGAACAGGUGGUGAAUGAGGGCACACAUUUUCUGAUCCCGUGGCUGCAGAGGGCGAUUGUGUUUGAUGUCCGCACCAAGCCGAGGAACAUCAGUACCACGACCGGAAGCAAGGACUUGCAGAUGGUUACUCUUACGCUCAGAGUGCUGCACCGACCCGAGGUCAAGCAACUGCCCAGGAUUUACCAGAACCUCGGUCUCGACUACGACGAGAGGGUCCUCCCCUCGAUUGGAAAUGAAGUGCUCAAAGCCAUUGUCGCGCAGUUCGACGCCGCCGAGCUCAUCACGCAGCGCGAGGCCGUCUCGAACCGCAUCCGCACCGAUCUUCUCAAGCGCGCCAACGAGUUCAACAUUGCGCUCGAGGAUGUGUCCAUCACACACAUGACGUUUGGCAAGGAGUUCACCAAGGCAGUCGAGGAGAAGCAGAUUGCGCAGCAGGAAGCCGAGCGCGCGCGCUUUGUGGUGGAAAAGGCGGAGCAAGAGCGACAGGCAAACGUCAUCCGGGCCGAGGGUGAGGCCGAGGCUGCAGAUACCAUCAGCAAGGCCGUGGCAAAGAGUGGCGAUGGUCUCGUGCUGAUCAGGCGACUCGAGUCGCAGAAGGACAUCGCGCAGAUACUGGCAAGGAACCCCAACAUCAGCUACCUCCCCAGUGGCUCUGCUGGCGGCAACGGCAGCGGCUCCAACGGCGGCAGCUUCUUGCUGGGCCUGAGGUCGUAGACAACGGGCGAGGCGGAAAAGGCAUAGCCAGCGUAUCACCGGCGUAUGACUCCUGUACACUAUACCAAUAUACUAACAAGGGCACGAUAUCACCCUUCUCUAUCAACAUGGCAAUACGUCUCCCGCAUCCUCAGUGGCCCCGGCGCUUGUUCUUUCUAUUUUUUCUUUUGACAAAUGCACAUGCAAAGGCGCGUUUUGG